AUGUCUGAUAGAUCCAGCAAUGGAUCUACUCACUCCCUGCGCUCCCAAGGUACUCUUGAAGCAGCGGCAGCAUCUGGAACAUCCCGUAAGGCCCCUGCAGUGUGGUCAAAGGCAGAGGAAACUGCCUUUCUUGAGUUUCUCUUGAAGGCCCUUCCUUCCUCAGGCGAUGGGGGCUUCAAGAUGCCCACCUUUAAUCAGGCAGCUACCCACCUUAAGGAAAAAUUUACACAGCAGAGGGGCGCAGAGAAGACUGGUCUAGUUUGUAAGAAUAAAUGGACAACAUUAAAGAAAGCAUAUCACAGUGUCAUUGAGAUAAAGUGCACUUCGGGUUUCACAUGGAGUGAUGAGCAUGGAGUAGUAGUUCAGGAUGCUGACAAUGCACAUGCGUCCUCAAGCACGAGGAAGCGCACAUUAUCCAGUGCCACUGAUCCUCCAGCACCGAAGAAAGCCGCCGCCAUGUGCUUUUUCUCGCCUCUGGACACUGAUGAAGAGGACGAGGAUGAGGGCAAUAACCCUUCUCCCCCCCCCUACCCAAGAAGGGUCAUUUUAUGA